AUGAAUGCGAUUCGCGCCGAGGAGGAGCGCCUCCUCGAGGAGGUGCACGAGGAGAGCGCCGCCGUGCUGAAGAAGCUGAAGAACGUCACCCUGCUCACCAUGCCCGACCCCUGGGACAUUGAGACGAUCAAGCCGAAGCUGGUCUUCUACCACCGCAACCGCCCCGACAUUCAGGCCACCUUUGACUCGAAUCCGCGCAAGGUGGCCCUCGCCCUCCUCAACGGCGGCUUCCUCGACUCUGCCCGCCUGGUGCUGAUCACCCACGGAUUCCACAACAACUUCGACACCGACUGGCUGCACUCCUACAAGGACGACAUACUGAACCGGACGGCGGCCAACAAGGGCCAGGAGCACACGGUGGCCAUUCUCGGCUGGGGCGGCGGGGCCGAUUUGCUCGUCUUUCGCUACCGCCAGGCCGCCUCCAAUGUGAUGACCGUCGGUCACUGGCUGGCCAACUACACCCGGGCAAUUAGCGAAGUGAAGCGCGGCCUACUGAUCUACGGCAUCGGCCACAGUCUGGGGGCGCACGUGAUGGGCGUCGCGGGACGGGAGUCGAAGGCGCUGUCGCGCAUUACCGGCCUCGACCCCGCCGGCCCCUGCUUCGAGAAGGUGGCCAACUCGCCGACGCUGAACCCGGGCGACGCGCCCUUCGUGGACGUCAUCCACACCGACGGCUACGACUCGAAGCUCGACCCGUCGGAGUGGUUCUUCCCCGUGAACCACUACGGCAGCCUGAUACCCAUUGGCCACCUGGACUUCUACCCCAACUUUGGCUACCACCAGCCGGGCGCGGGCACCUUCACCGUGGCCGGGUCGCACCUGCGGGCGCUGGAGCUCUUCGGGUGGAGCAUCACCAACCCGGGCCGCUUUCUGACCGCCGACGUGCUCGCGGAGAAGCCCGACUUUGACGAGCCGGUGGAGAAGUUCAUCGCCGGGCAGUACCAGGUGGAGAUGGGCUUCUACGCCGACCGGUCGCACCUGCCGCCGGCCAACGCCAGCACGCUCUUCUACCUCAAGACCAACUCGCAGACGCCCUGGGUGUAG